AGACAACAGUCUCCCGUAAGCCAACAUCAUUCAGCGCUUCCGCAACAACGAAGAAAUCAGUACCGCUCUCGCAGGCCAAAUAGAACGCCCCCCCUCUUCUCUUAUCAGCACUAAAAAGACAACAAGGGGUGGCGCCUCGGACGCUUACGCGGGAAUCCCCCCCAUCCUGCAUCACUCCCUCUUGAGACCGUAGGCUCACAGGCACGUAAAGGCGGUCGAGUCGACUGAAACACUUAAAAGACUGCUCCAAGGCAUAAACAACGUGUCUCUCCGACAUCACCCAAUAUGCCCAAGGUUUCGAAGGCACUCCACUGAUACGGCAUCCUGUUAUCGACGUGUUCCGUAUAGUUCUCUCCCCCGAAAUCUCCGAUUCAAACGUUUCCGAGAUCUUCCCUUCUUUUGUUGCGCAGAACGUGCCGGGCACCGACUGAAUCAUGCUACGAAGAUGGCGCGUCUUCUGCCUGGUAUGUGGCCUCUGGAUCACCGCCUGUCUGGUGGCGGCCUCCGAAGACAGGAUGCUCGAAGACCUGGAGGAACCGGUGGACGUCCUAGGGACCAGGGACCUCCUCUUCAACCCCGAGAGACGGAUCAACAUCUUCGAAAGGCAGACGCUUCCGCUCCACAUCACGGUGCUUCUUCAGGGAACGUCCGACAAUGGGACGAGCGGUGUGGUCGUGAAGGUAUCGGCUGCGGACACUAGCGUGGCGACCGUCUCAGACUCUCAAGAAGGAGUGGUGGUGCAGAACGGGACCGCCUACAACGUGUCCAUCGAGGGUGUGUUUCUCGGCUACACCCACCUCAAAUUCGAGAUCUGCAGCCCAGAUGACAUUGGAGGAGCCAACUGUACCAGGCUGAGGUACGUGGUGGCGGUCUUGAGGGACCCCUCCCUGCUGCAGAGGAUAUUCCCUUACUUGAUCGGCUUCAUGGUUUCCGUCAACUACAUCAACAUGGGCUGCCAGAUCGAUCUCAUGGUCGUCCUGGAGGUGCUCAAGAAGCCCAUCCCGCCCAUCUUGGGCAUCGCCUGCCAGUUCAUCUUCAUGCCCCUGGUUUCCUACGGCAUCGGCUUGUUGCUGCUUCCGAACGCGCUGAUGAGGUUCGGCAUAUUCAUGCUUGGCUGUUCCCCUGGCGGCAACUCGAGCAACUUGUGGACACUCAUGUUCGACGGUGACGUCACGCUCAGCAUCACCAUGACCUUCAUCAGCACCAUCGCCAGCGUCGGUAUGAUGCCCCUGUGGAUCUUCCUGCUGGGUCGCCACAUGUCACCGGAGACCGGCAGCCUGCAGAUCCCGUUCGCCAACAUCGUGGCGAGCCUGGUGGGGCUCGUCGUGCCGCUGGCCAUCGGCAUGCUCAUCUGGCGCUUCAAGCCCAAGUGGGCCCAGAAGGCCCAGAAGUGCAUCAAGCCGCUCACCCUCGUCGUGCUCAUCGUCAUCCUCGUGCUUAGCGUCACCGUCAACCAGUACAUCUUCCUGCUGAUGACAUGGAAGAGCUUUCUCUGCGGCGCUCUCAUCUCCUGGAGCGCGUACGCAUUCGGCGCCUUCGCCGCCUUCUUGGGCCGCCUGAACCGCGCCCAGAUCAUCGCCGUCUCCAUCGAGAUCGCCUUCCAGAACAGCGGCAUCGCCGUGGUCGUCCUCUUUACGUCCCUGCACCAGCCGGACGCCGACCUGGUCAUCGUGCCCGUCGUCUGCCAGGCCAUUCUCCAAGGCAUCCCGCUCUACCUGCUCUACAUCGUGCUCCGGCUCAGGAAGUGCGUGCUCAACCGGAUGCAUCCCGACGAGAAGGUUGAACCCGUGCCGGUUUGCGAGGCCGAGCUCGGGGAGAUGUGCAAGGUCUCGGCCAACGGUAGGCCUAACGAGAACCUGGAGGCCAACGGUGUGCUUGUCGAUGACUACAAGUCCAAACUCUGAACGUGUGCUCGGUCCGACGUUAGAACUUUCGCGGCAAAAUUUCGGAUGCUCUUCGGAACUCCUGUGUCCGAUGCACAUGUUGUAGUCCCAUUUCAGCUAUCAACGGCAACAAUAGAAAAACUACUGCAGCAUGAACGCGAAGGUAUCUUUGGCGGCAGGCUUGUAAUCUCUCCGCGACCUUGGCGUAAGUAUGAGAGAUUACAAGCCCGUCAAAGGUAUCUCUGCUCGCAUUCUGCGCGUGUUUGAGAUUGAUUGGUCAGUGUCCGUUGUUGCUCGUUGAAGUCGCAAUGCACUCCAAACGCCAGUCAUUGUGAUCUCUGCAAUGAGCUCAGCCGAGGGCGACAUUGAUCGCCUUUAGAUUACAAGUUGCCGGCAACCUAAGGGACAGAGAUUCUGGCGUCUGUCACGAGGGGUUCUUUUUCCGUUCCCGGUGCACCCUCAUUGGUCAAAUUUUUAAACGUGUGGCAAUGAUUGGCCGAUGACGGGUAUGGCGAAGAAGCGAAUGUGCGAGCACAUAUGUCUGUUAGUCUCUUUGUUAUGGAAAAGGUGGGACUGCCACAGGGUUUACCCCUGUCCGCGAUCUUAUUUCCGCCACUCCAAGGGGAAGCUCAUGCAUGGAUUUAUGUUCGAUGUGCCGCACGAACUGUUUAUAAUUUUAGACAUCGUGAGCAAUUUGGUUUUGUUUUUAGCGCAUUUAUUAUUGUUCUUUUUUAUGUCGCCUUGUUCUUUACACGGGCACCGCGGAAUGUUGUUUUUUGUUCGAGAACACUCUUUCUAGGUUUCGUUUCUCUUGGUUAUUUUAACGGUAUUGUACUAUUUUAAAAGAAACGAAAACAAAGCACGGUUUUAAUCCGUGUAAACUAUAAAUUGUGUCAAGGCGCGCUUUUCAAAAAUUGUUGUCUAGCAGAGCGAGUCUGAAAGUUACCACGACUGUGCUUCUUAUCUGCCGCGUCUUUACUUCGAUCUUUAAAUUGUUGUACAUAUUAAAAGAUUUUUUUUUUUUUUCGAACGAGAUGUUUGUUGAAAGAACGACGCAUGUGCGAAAUGUUGAAUGUUUUGUGGUGCGCGACUUUAAUUAAUGUAUUAAUUUUUUUAAUAAAUUGUUCAUUUCACGAAA